CGCUUGGCGCGCUUUUCCGCGCGCCAUCUUAGUUAUAGGUUUUUUUUUUUAAAAACUUAGUUUGGAAAAAUGUGUGGCAUUGUGUAAAAUAUUUUGAGUGAUCGUUUUAAUUUUAAUUGAAUAUUAGUGUUUGUGUCACAAUGAAGAUUACCGGGAAAGUUGCUUGCCGCAAAGAGAACAGGCCGCAUUCUCUAAACGCGGCGAUCAUGAAGGAGAAAAGUAAGAACGCCGCCAGGUCGAGGAGAGAAAAGGAAAAUGCCGAAUUCCUCGAACUAGCCAAACUCCUCCCCUUGCCAUCCGCAAUCACGUCACAGCUGGACAAAGCAUCCGUCAUCAGACUGACAACGAGCUAUCUAAAAAUGAGACAGGUCUUUCCAGAUGGCUUAGGAGACGCGUGGGGCGCUGCACCACCGCCACCUCAACCGCGUGAGCUCUCAAUCCGAGAACUGGGCUCACAUCUCUUGCAGACGCUGGAUGGAUUCAUAUUCGUAGUGGCACCAGACGGCAAGAUUAUGUACAUCAGUGAAACCGCCUCAGUACACCUUGGUUUGAGUCAGGUGGAGUUAACUGGUAACUCAAUAUACGAAUACAUCCACCAAGCUGAUCAUGAAGAGAUGAACGCAGUACUCAGCUUACAGCAUGCCCAUUCAUAUAUUGGACCGCCUUCGAUCGGAUACCCGGUGGGAGGGACGUGGAGUCCGAACGUGGACAUCGAGUGCGAACGGGCCUUCUUCAUCCGUAUGAAAUGCGUCCUCGCGAAGAGAAACGCCGGCCUUACCACCUCUGGGUAUAAGGUCAUCCACUGUUCCGGUUACCUCCGAGCGAGGCGCUUCGGGGAGGGCACCGCUCCUCUGGGUCUGGUGGCGGUGGGUCACUCCCUCCCACCAUCCGCUGUCACGGAGCUCAAGUUACACUCCAACAUGUUCAUGUUCAGAGCUUCUCUGGACAUGAGACUGAUCUUCUUAGAUGCGAGAGUUGCAUCACUAACCGGAUACGAGCCUCAGGACUUGAUUGAGAAAACCCUCUACCACUAUAUACAUGGCACUGACGUUCUACACAUGCGUUACUCACACUGCACAUUGUUAACGAAGGGGCAAGUCACGUCUCGUUACUACCGUUUCCUGACUAAAUCUGGCGGCUGGGUCUGGAUGCAGAGCUACGCGACCAUCGUCCACAACUCGCGGUCAUCACGACCACACUGUAUAGUGUCUGUCAACUACGUACUUAGUGAUAUAGAAGAGAAGAAUCUCAUAUUAAACAUCGACCAGGGCCCGCCUAAACUGAACCACGUCGACGUACCACACGUCCCCUCCACUUCGCCCCAGAUGUCACACAGACACACAGACAAAAUAAACCACGCCAUAAACGAGAACGACUUCAGCACAGACUCCAGUGGCUACAACUACCCAGAAUACACUCUACCCGUCAUCCCGCCUUACGAGAACCACGAGGAAUACCAAAACGGUGGCUAUCAAGAGUUAUUCUACGAAAAUUAUACGGAACCGGAAGUCGUGCCUAACAAUUACGCGUACCCACAGAAUCAGAGGCCAUUCUCGGCAAGUUCGUCGUCCUGUAGCUCGAUCGAGAGUUCGGAAAUUAAUCAAUACAAUUACACGAAUUUAAUUUCAUUUUACGGUCAUAAUAGUCAAGGACAAAAUGGCCGACAGAUUGACGGGAAUUUUGGCGGCAACUUCGGCAAGAUGACACCGAGUCCAUCGGUGCAAGAAGGCGCGUAUACGAGCGUCAUAGUCGAUAACACACAACAGUUCCAUCAUGGCGGAGCCGUAAACGAAUUUGUGCAUUGAAUAAUAUAAGCCUAACAGUACUGGAAUCUGGAUACAUAAAUAGAAGAAAGACAAAUUAAUAUUUGCAGACAGAUAACCAAACAGAUGCAAUUUAUUAUUAAGAAAAAUAUUACAUUUUACGUUAUAUACGUUUUAACGUUUCACGUUUCAAUUUUCGUUACACAUUGACAGUUGCAUAUAACUUGACUCCAAGCGCGCCAAAAACGUUUAGUUUCAAUAAGUACGCCAAAAUAACAAUAAUAAACAAAAAUGGCAUCUUGGAUAACUACCGUAACGUAUAAAACGACAUUAAAUAGGAUAUUCUAUUUUUAAAAUAACGAAUUGUAAAUAUUGUAAAUAAUUAUUGUUAUUUUAAUUUAUAAAUAAACAUAUUAUUUUUUUAUUUAUUAUAUCUAUGGAUUUUUUUAGAAUAAUUCGAACUCUGUAUUUAAAUUUUAAUUAUUAGAAUUUUUUCGAUCGAAAAUUUGCGGUACAAAUGCCUGCUUUGUUUAAAAAAAAGAAUAUUAUUUUUAGUCUGUAUUUAUUGUGUAAUUAGAAAUAAUGGCGGUGCCGCGUCGAAAUAUCAAAUUAGAGACAAUAAUAGUGAUAUGUAUGAAAUGUAAAUAUGUAGCACUUAAGAAAUACCUAAUGAGUUCUUUUUUUAAAUUUUAGUUUUAUACUUUUUAAUUAAGUAAGUAUUCAAAGGAGCUUCUUUCGUCAGAUAAUAUGACAACUAGCAUAGUCAUUUUAUUUUAAAUUUAAUUCGUAAUAACAUUUAAAAUACAUGCAUAAUUUAUAUUAAGCUAUAAUUACAAAAUAUCCAUAAAAAUAAAAAAUUAGUUCAUAAAUACAUAUCGAUAACACACUUUUAAAUAGUCAUAUAAUAGUAGUAUUAUUUCCGAAUCCGAAUUUUUGAAAACAGAACAUAUAAAAAUAACAAAUUGUUACGUAACUAAAAUAGCGCGGGAAAAACGUAUUCGUUUUUUAAAUUGUUAUUAUUAACAUAUACAAUUUCGUUUAGUUUUUUUUUAUAAUAUUACGAAAUAAGUGCCAUUGUAUGGAGUCUACUAGUCGAUAAAAAUGUAUAUAAUGUUUAAUCGCUUUAUAUUAUACAUAUAUAUAAUAUAAUUAGCCACAUUAGGGCUAUUUAUAUAUAAAUAAGUGUGAAAAAACGAGAUUACUGGCAAAUAAAUUUUAUUUAAAAAAAUUGAUUACAAAAUCGUUUUAACCAUAUUUAUGAAGACAAAAUCACUAAACUCAUUGAAUAUGUUUCUUACAUACUUCAGUUAUAUACCAUAGACAAGAAUAUAGUCUUUGAUUAUUUAUAUGUAUAGAUAGACUGUCGAAGCGAAGAACGCGUCGAAAAAAAUAGUAGUCAACGACUGGCUACUAAGUACACACACUGGUAAAGUAGUAUGACGUUCGGCUAGGGUCAAGCGUAGCUAUCACUCACCAAGAUAAUAAAUUUGGCUCUUUUGUUGACACUCUGUCUAGAUAUAUAUAAUCAAAGAAUAUAGUCUCACCAAUUGUUUUUAUUCAAUCUGAAGAAAACAAUUUCAGCUUUGUUGUAAUUAUUGCAGUGUUGUUUAAACAAAUUUAUAUACUUAAUAUAGUACAUAAUACUACAGAAAAAAAAUCCUUUUUAGUUUUUGGACUCUUGCCUUUAUAUUUUUCACAAAAAAAACUUGGUGUAUGUCGGAAGAAUAACCACCGCGAACGUCAUAAUUUGACCGAUUGAACAAUAAAUCGCAUACAUUUUUCAAUUAAUUGUUACAAAAUCUUUUCUCUCAUCGUGCCAAAUUCAUUUUUAUAAUAUAUAAAUACUUCUUUAUCUCUUUAAUGUACAUACAUGAAAAUAUUACCUUUUUUUAAUCCCGACAAAACAUAAGCACCCACAACACAUUCGGACAGAUCUUGUAAUUUCAAUUUUAAUUAUUGAAAUAUAUUUCAUUAUUUUAUUUCAACAAUAUACAUAAAUUGAUUAGUAAUAAAACAAAAAUAAAUUAAGAGUAUAAACUAAGUAGAAUUAAUAUCAUUUUACUUUAGUUUUUGGAUUUUAAGACGGACCUACUAAGACUGUUCGCGUCAAAAGUACAUCAAGACGAACAUUGCAAUUAACACUUGUAAUUUUUAUAUAAUCUGGUAAACCUGCAAUUACCUAAGUUUUUUAUGCCAGACAAAUAAAAAUUAUAUCGAAAGAGUAAAAAAAAAUUAAAACAAAAGAAAUUAUAUUUUCAUUCACAUAGGUACUAAAAUAUACAGCCAUCAAUUUUUUUUCACUUAUACAAUUAACAAAGUUUAAGUCACAUUUUUAUUAUAUUAAUAUAAAUACUUAUUGAUUGUCAAAAAACAAUUUUUUAUUGUAUUAUUUAGAUUGCUUUUAUUUUAGAGUACGCUCAUUUGUCAUGUUAUACAAGUCUCUUCUAGUAUAAAUGAUAUUAAUGUAACAGACACGAAUAUUCGCCAGCGUAUCAAAUAUAUAACCCGGCUCGUGUUAAUCCAGAGUGCAAGUUUACGCUUGUUGUGCUUAAGACGAAGCUGCAUUUAACGUAAUGGUCUUAGUAGGAACUGUCCUAUUUUGUAAGAUCCAUUACAAUUAUGAUUCUAGAUAUAUAUUUUAUGAACAAAAGUCGAAUAAAUAACACAGUAAGCUGGAGUUUUACUAUGAGAUAUAUAUCUCGGGAUAUAAACUGAUAGCAAACGGGGUUAUGGAAAAGAAGUGGCCGUCACGAAUAGUCGGCAGAUUGUUUACGAAACUAAGAAAUUAAUGCUUUUUAAAAAUAGAGAUAACCAAUAAAUGUGUACGUAAUAACAUUUAAAAAAAACAUAGUGUUUCGUUUAGUAGGAAUAAUAACGUGUCGAUUCUGUAAAAAAAAAAAUCUCUCGUAUAAUGUUGAAAAUUGAUUUACGGUUACACGGUAUCAUCAUCAUCCUCCUGCCUUAAUCCCAAUUUUACUUGGGCUCGGCGCAGCAUGUCUUCUUCCACACUCCUGUCUGACGUCAUCUCACAAGUAACAUAUCCAGCCAUAUCGUCUUUCACAAUCCAUCCAUUGUUUCUUUGGUCGUCAUAUUC